GGAGGGUAAAUUCGUUAGCCAGUUCGCCGACCGAACGCCCGACAAACCGACUAGCAGGCUCGCUCGCUCGCUCGAUCGUACGGUAUCUUCGUUCCAACUCCACGGCUCCCGUUGCCACUGCUACUUUCACCGAGACCGCUGCUGUUGACGCUGCUAUUACAGCAGCAGCGUAAGCUGCGGCGGCCGCGACGUUCCAAGAAGACACGUUUCCAACGUGCGACGUCAAAAACAACCAUCUCACGGCGGGAUAGGCCUCUCCGAUCUUUAACUAACUAAGUAUCUAACUUGGUUAUCGGUUAUCGGGGGAAGACAGCGGAGCGGUUUCGCGGCUUAACAUCGUUAAGUCGACAACGACGAAGAGUCCACAUUCUGAUCAUCAUGGGAGCAAAGGCGUCCACGAGUGCAGAUCCUCCUCCCGAACCGGCGACACAGUCAAGAGAGCACCCGAGCUCGCGUGAAAGUUCCGGUUUAGCAGCAAUUCUCGCCGAUCUCGGAAGGAGGGCCUCACUCGAAACCGGAUCGAGUGGACGCCGAGCACGGAGCUUUAGCGGCAUCGUUGGCGGAAGUGUCGGAAGUGGAACCACCAGUGGACCUUUAGAUACACCUCCGCAGCAGGAUGGCAGCACACCUCUUUCAGAAGCACAGAGUCUCCCUCUGCACUUCAUGUCGUUCAAUGGUAUCCGGUGCCCAGUGUGUUCAAAAGUGGUUCUUCCACAUGACUGCGAGCUUCACCUAGUUAUGUGUCUGACAAAACCCUCGCUCGCAUACAACGAAGAACUUCUUAUUGAGGACCGGGGAGCUGAAGCCGAAUGCGUUAUUUGUCUCGAAGAAUUUUCAGCAGGUCAAACCAUAGCGCGGCUACCGUGCCUUUGCAUCUAUCAUAAGAGCUGUAUCGACGCCUGGUUCCGCGUCAAUCGGUCGUGUCCUGAACAUCCCAGCGAUUGACGAAGUUUCCCAUGAACGGGGCCGGGGCAAACUGGAGGGAACGUUGGCUGGUCUGCCGCCGACUUAAUUUUGUUCCGUUACAUCGUUCGUUCAAGCGACAGUGGUUCCACACGUUUGGGAAGAUUGACUUUCUUUCGUCGACUCCUCGGAAGCAGACUUCCCUUCGAAUUUUGCAAAACGAAACGGGACCUGCUCCUCGAGAGCAAGCCUCUGUCUCUCUGACUUCAUCAAGCAACUCAUUUUGUCAGUUGAUUCUACUCGUGGGACAAUCAUCUUAAGAUUCCCGGAUAUUAAGUUUUAUUUUGCCGUAUUAUUCACACCUAUUAGUUUUGAGACACCUCCAUCCAGCUAGCGAGUGUGUUUCUGACGGAAUAUUGUUCCCCCUCAGCAAGUUCAGAUUGUUUAAGGAUGGGUAUUGAGAUGAAGAUUUCCGCGACAACUGCUAUGCCUUUCAAAAGGUGGAAAUAUUAUUUGAGCUGCAAUUUGUUUGUAAAUGUUGGAUUGUUCCAGUGAAAUCGUCGGAUGAGUUUCCAAAUUUUACAUGUUAUCAGCCUGCGAACUGUUGACGCAGGCACGGAGUUUACCUCCUUGUUCCUCCUUCGACCCGCCGCCUUGGGAGAAAAGGAAAGGGAGAAUCUCUGCGGUCUGCGUUGUUUCUUAAGUACAAACCAGUCAAGUUGGUUGGCUUCAACAAUGGCCGGACAACGCCUACAAGUCUGUUGAUUGCGAUGUGAUGUCGAGUGAUAUAUAGGUACCGGAGGUGUCGAAGAAGGCACACGAAAAACGAUACUGCUGUAUCGAUGGAACCCAGGAGCAACCAUGCGGAUAGGAUCAUCGAGAACAGAGCUGACGCUGCAGCACGUGUAUGAUACGAUCGAGUCUAGGAGCAGUCUGAGUGAAGUUCAUCAACGUUGUUGAGAGGAUAUUCUGCGGGGAAAACAACUGGUGGACUGUACAUAUUCGAUGUGUGCCAUACAACGGUCGAAACACAUGGAAUCACUGUAAAUUCUCUAUCUUACCCGAUAAUGAUAACGAUAAUAAAUACAUGCGAAGAUU